AGAUUAUUAUUAGUUUAUGAAGCUUACCUGUUUGGUCACUGAGAAAAAAUCAACCGGAAAGACUUUCUAGAAACAAUGAUCCAUGGUUUCCACUUGUUGUGGUGACUUUGGAACACACAUGUAGUCAAGAAUGUCUGCCUCUUGUUUUCCCACAUACUCAGCCUUUCCAAUCCCAAGGGCCAUUUAUAAGAAAGCUGAACACCAAAAGGUAGCAUCCAGUUUGCAAGGAAAAAAAAUCAUCAUGAAUUUGUUAUAUAUGCUUCUUGUUUCAUUGUUUCUAAGUAGUUGCAGGGCUGAUCCUUUGGGGAACUUUUGCAAUGAAAACACCAACAUAAGUAGCAGUAGCCAAAUAUCUUUAAACAUUGAUCGAUUGUUGGCUGAACUAGUCUCUAAAACUCCCUUAACUGGUUAUGUUGUGAGUUCCUCAGGUAAAGACCCUGAUAAAGUCUACGGUCUUGCUCAAUGCAGAGGGGAUGUUAGUAAUAAAGAUUGUUCAAGUUGCAUACAAGACGCUGCGAAGGAAGUACGCCAACGCUGUUCGAAUCAAGCUGAUGCAAGGAUUUGGUACGACUAUUGCUUUCUACGGUACAGCAAUGAUAAUUUUGUUGGAAAAGUUGACACCUCGUUUGGUAUAUUUUACUAUAAUGUUGAAAAUGUUACGGACCCUCAAAGUUUCAACAAAGAACUUGGAGCUCUGAUGGACGGAAUUAGAUCAGAAGCUGUCAUGCCAAAGAAUGAAGGGCUUGGAAAAGGUAAGACCAAACUGUCACAAUUUUUGACCCUAUAUGCAUUGGUGCAAUGUACAAGGGACUUAUCUCAGAUAGAUUGUGCUCAAUGCCUUGCAAUUGCUGUUGGAAAUUUCCCAAACUUUUGUGACAGCAAGAAGGGCUGUCGGGUCCUAUACAGUAGUUGUUAUGUCCGGUACGAGCUUUACCCCUUUUUCUUCCCACUUGAUUCCAACAAUGGCACCUCAUUUGGCAAAACAGCGAAGAUAGUUCAUCACUAGUGUUGUGGUAUGCUAAAAUCAGUUUGCUUUCAUUUAAUAAACUGUGUAAUCAGUGUCAAUAAGAGUGAUCUUUAGCUGUAAGAUUAAGAUGUUUCUUGCAUUUUGCAUUUGGUGGGAUACAAGCAAGUUGAACCAUAUCACACGCCCUCUUGGACGUUUAAUUGCCAUACAUAUCUAUUUUAAUUUUCUUCUUCACUUCAAUGGAUUGUUUAUAAUCAAAUGAUUUUUAAUUA